AUGUUUUGUGAUGGAGGGUUGAAGCGAUGGGAUGCUGAGGACGUCCCGUGGACUGAGCAUUGUCGUUGGUUCCCAACAUGCCCAUAUGCAAGAGAAAUAAAAGGCGAGGACUUUAUAGCUCUAGUCCUAGCUUCUUCAGCGUAUAAUCAGGAGGAACCAACAUAUAACGAAGAAAGUCUUGGUAGUGAUGACCUGCAAGGAGCAAUGAAUCAGAUGACACUUAGAGAUCCUGUAUUAAGAGCUGCGCUAGAGGAACACAAAACCACGUGUCUAGAAAUGGGAUAUGACAUUGCUGACGUAAAUGAAGCUGUAGAUGAUUUAAGGAAUAUGGGAACUAUUACACCGACUAUUGAAGAGUUAAUUGACAUGGUAGAGGUUGUUAAAGAAAGAAAACAAAGUAAGGAGAUAGCUCGCCAAUUGGAGAAUCGUCAUCAAGAAACUCCUCUUGAAGAAAACCAACGUCUUAAAGGUUUUGUCACCUGCAUGACAUGUGGUAAAAACGAUGUUAACUGUUUAUUCCUCCCGUGCACUCAUCACAGAGUAUGCAUGGAAUGCGCUACACUAUUCACUCAGUGUCCUGUGUGUGACAGACAUAUUCGACAGAAGAUAAGGACAUACUUAGUGUAA